UAAUCCAUAGUUUAGAUUAUUUCAUUCAUGAUCUUCAAAUUCAGGGAUACGCUCUGGACAAAGUUGAACUACAGGUCUUGAUUGUUUUCGGAUGUAAAAAGCUGAGACAGUGGUAAUUGGAAACUUCUGAAUUCAUUUGGAAUACAUGACUUUGCCGGACUAUAGGCGUUAUUCAGAAAUUUCGCUGAAAACGAAACAGAUUACAAGCUGUACUAUACCAUGGUAGGAAAAAAACGACCAUCGUCGGAUAUCAAAGAGGCUCUAUGAGGCAUAAGACCAAUUCGUCAUUAUAGCUGGUUAUAGCUUGUAGCUAGUGCCUUACACUCAGAUUUACUUGGAUGUCUCUCUCCUCGGCAUGCGAGAGUGAGUCUCCCGCGCAUCAACGAGUGCCACUAGUUUCAUCGGUUAUUGUGUCGAUUGCCAAGAAGUAGGACUGAACAGAGAUUAAAUAAAUGGAAGACCAGUAGUAUGACAAUGUCCUCUGAAGUCGACCCCGGCUACGAGCGCCUUGGACCCUGCAACGGGACCGACCUGGUUCUCCGCGUGGGGGAGUGCGUCAGGGCCACGUUGAUCAGCCCAUCAGGAUCUCUCCACAGCGGAGGGUCUCCUCAUGAGAUUACGUUAACAGCAGAUGAAAACUCGACUGGUUGGAAUUCUAGUAAUUCGACAUUAGAACAGAGUUUCGGAGGCGCAGUACCUCAAUGGAUUGCCAUUCUCGUCCCCAUAAUAUUCGCCAUUGUCGUGAUUCUGGGAUGCGUAGGGAAUACGCUCGUCUUUGUUGUCGUGGUGAAAAACCGUACUUACUAUCGGAAUACUACAAAUAUUUUCAUUCUAAAUCUGGCAUUCGCUGAUUUACUCUUCCUGGUGUUUUGUGUUCCAUUUCAUGCCGUGAUUUACACACUUAACAAUUGGCCGUUUGGACAAUUCAUGUGCAAAUUUGUUCAUUUUGUGCAGUACCUCGGCAUGAUUGCCUCAGUUCUCACGUUGGUCUGCAUGGCAACCGAUAGAUAUCUGGCCGUAGCCUACCCCUUAAAAACGAAACACUUGCGCACACCACCCAUUGCUUGUGCCGCUGCAGUCACAGUAUGGAUCCUAGCCAUAGCAGGCUCAGUAGUCUGGCCUAUACUAUACACUAUACGAGUUUACACAAACCUUGGCCCUAAUCCGAUGUUAAUUCUUUGCGCAGACGACUGGGGAAGCAGAAGCAACAGGGCGAUAUAUUUCUUAUUCUUGUUCAUUUGUGGAUUUUUGAUACCAUUGAUUAUCAUCAUUGUCAUGAGUGUGUUGAUGGUCAUUCAGCUCUGGGCAACGCCAACCCCGGAACCAAGUUGCAACAGGAGCAGUUUCCAGCAGAAACGAAAAGUGACUCGGAUGGUGAUUGUUUUGGUCGCCAUCUUUUUAAUGUGUUGGUUUCCGUUUCACUUGACUUAUAUGUGGAUAAGCUUCUCUUACGAUACGUGGGAGAGAACCUACGCGUUUUUCUACCUACGAGUGUUCGCCCGUGUCUUAUCAUACGCAAAUUCUUGUUUGAACCCAAUUAUUUAUGCAUUUAUGUCCCAGAAUUUUCGCCGAGGAUUCCAGAAAGCUCUUCAUUGCGGCAAACGAAGCUUGAUUAUACCAGAGCACCGGUCAAUGUACAGUGUGAGUCAAAGUGAGAUGACGACUAACAAUGUGACGAUUGGUAACACCACACAUUUCAACCACACCCCGCUUAUUCGCCAUCACCAUGAUUGAAUGGGAAUCUACACCCAAUUUUGGCACCCGUUCAUUCCAUAAGAAUAAUGGAAGGGACGUUAAAACGUGCACAGACAUCAUGAAAAGGAUUUGAAGCAAAACAACCAAGAAACGCUUUGAUAAUAUAACAACGGGAGUUUUGAACGACCCGGUGUAAAAGUAAAAAGUGUCCCCCCUGAAAAAGUGUCCGGCCCUAUUGUAUUCUGCAAUAUGGUUCUACAGAGACCCUGACCGUCAAUAGCUCAGAGAUUGAAGCGCAUAAUAGAAUCCUUUGUUCCCGGACAUUUUAUCCUAGGACAUUUUAAACUUCUACACCGGUAACAAUCUUUCGGGAGAAUAGGCUUUCAAGUGAAAAAAAUCAUCGCCAUGUCCAUUGCCAUAGCAGACACUAGGUAGUUUAUGAUGUGGACUGAUUAAUGAGGAAUUGAUACCGAAAUGAAGGUAUUGGUUGUCUCACAAGACACCGCUAUAAAAAUUCAAUGUGUAGGCCAGGUGAGACAACCGACACUCGUAUGAUACUGACUAGAUAUGUUAAUUGCUGUGGCGAUACAACUUUACAACAUCUUCAUUAACUCUUGCCAUCUCAAAUCAUUUCAACAUAUCACCUCAGUUUCAUUACAUGUACAUACCUAUUCUACAUUUCAUAAAAACACCCAUGUAUUUCUUAUGUUUUUCAUUAUUGUCACUUAUACUUCGCUGCUCAUUAAGCCGGUGUGACAGCGGAUAUAGUCCCCCUGGAGUCAUAGUCCGGUAGCAUUGUAUUUGACCAAUUAAGCAGCAUGAUCUAUUGUACCGCUAACCCUAACCAAAACAUUUAGCAAUGCGGGCUAUUGUUACACGGACUAUCAGCCCUAGGACUACUAUCCCCGUCACACCGGUUCGUCUACUGUUUUCGGUAUCAUCAUCAUCCCAUGUUUGAGCUUUGGUUCUCUGGAGGGGUGAUAACAAAAGGAAAUAAAUGUCACAACUUUACUUUCGCAGAACAAACUCCUUCAAUGGAAAAUAUAGAAAACGCCCUGAUCUGUCUACAUUGCUAUCUGAUCACAAUAUCAAUUCUCUAUUCUCAUCUUGUCGUGCUGAUAGUCCUUGUCACUUUUACUUUUGGAAUGGGCGAACAUAAAUACUCGAUAAAUGAGGCUGUUUUAAAUGAAAAAAGCUCAGAUCCAGACAGUCACGCACGCGAUAUUCAAAUCUUCCCAAAAACAAUCAAACAUCUGUCCGAUAAAUUAAAACCACUGAUGACAUUCGUGUAUGUUUCAGUUGUGUUCUGGCUUGCACGUUCUGAAGUGAAAUGAUUAAAUCCAUUUCGGUGGUUUGAUAUGUUCGUCAUUGUGUGUUUGAAGUUAGCGAGACAAGGCACGCCUCGGCUGUCAUAUGGUUGUCAGCACCAGCCAUGUCAAACAAUUUCAAUUGCUGGGAGUGGUGGAUGGAAUUUGCUUCAUCGACGAGCACAUGCGCAUUCAUAUAGGGACUCUGUCACGGCAGCUGGACCCUUCCGACUGUCGAAUGAUAGGGCGGCUUAGAGAAGACCAUUUGCGCGUCAUUUCAACCAAUGUCGGAAAGCGUGGAUGGUGAUUACUACUUGAUUAUGUCUCCAGACUAAUGCCAGUGCAAGACUAGCAAACCUAAGAACGGGACAUAGCCUUAUCCCGUCUGAGAUCAUUUGUAUUUCAUGGUAUCAUCUUAAUGAGAUUUUCCUUUCUUUGCAUCGUAAAUGGAUGGCCAUUGAUGAUAUUAGUUCCAGCUCACUCUCGUGACGAAAAACCAAUAAUAAUAAACCCGAUAAGCAAAGACCUUUAUCGCUCAUAUAUAGUCUACCGCGGCUGAGUAAAUAUCUCAUUUCAUCAGCUCGAUGGGAUCAAAUACAUUGGAAAAUAAUGACACUCUUGUUGUCUAAUGCCCAGACGGAAGAACCGGCUAUUUCGACUGCAUCGGCCGAGCUCUGUAUAUCGACGAAACCUGCCACAUUGGCCUGAUCAUUCUUUAUCAUAAUCAUAACAUUCCAUACCAUUGUAAUCUGAGGAAAGAUGUUAGAGAAGUAUCGAAACUCUCUAUGAUACAAGUAUUGAGUUCAGAGCUCAGCGCCCGCUAGGACAUUAUAAGCUCUAUAAUAUCAUGUAGGAGGAAACUGGACACCCGUCCGGAAACCUACGCGCUCUCUAUUACAUAAAGACGUGCACCGUACCACAACCUCAGGGUUGGCAGGCGCUGACGGUAAUUUUGAAAAGCAGUCUUACCACUGAGCCACUCUGCGACAACCCUUUGGGCAUGAUGUCUAUGAUUGAUGUGUCCGCCUUUCUCAGAGGUGAUCUAAGUAUUCCCUCGAAGCUUUCCAAGAAUUUUCCAACUUCUAAGGAUCUGUACCUUUAAGAGAGUUUUCAUGGUUUGGCGUAUCUUGCUAACGUUGAUUGACGAUCUAUUGAACAAGUUGCUUGCAAGAUGAGAUUUCGCAACGCUUCAUGCUCCAUCAAAGAACGCCGCUCUCAUGAUGAAAUGUCCUUCUUAUUUCCUUUUAUGCAGCUAUCCAGAAAACAUUCUGAGGGUGAGCUAUGUAGCAUGAUAAUGGAUCCGAGAGAAAUGGAUUAGCACCGUGGUUUGAUAUGACUUGGCCCAUUAUGUGGUGAGUAAUUAAAUUGUUAAGAUUUCAAAAGAAUUUCAUAUCCGAGUGAUGUUAUGAUCCCAGUGACAAGAGAAAAUCUGAUUUAUUUUGGUACUUGUUAAUUUGUUUCACCUUGCUUUAUGAAUCUUUAAUGCCAGCGCCCAAAAAACAAGUAAUAUUACCACAUCUUCGAUAGUAUUACUUGGCUUUAUCAGCUCCUCGACGUUCAAUCACUCAAGCCAGAUUUGUUGUUUAUAUAUUCCAAGAUUUUUUGACUGGUCAGGUUACAUUACAUAGAAGUUCACUCUCCAUCGGAGUAGUUUUAUUUGAAGUCAAGUAUACAUUACGGAUCUUUUUUAUACAAUCUCCGACAUUGAAGAAUUAUAUAUAAUUGCAUGAAUCCUCCAUCAAUAAGGAUUCAUUACACCUGGCUCAUCAUGUAGCAUCAGAUGUCCACAAUGCACAUGCCGCUAUUGAAGAGUGCCAAAAGCGCCAACCUCACCUCAAUCGUUUCAGAGGAAUAUUUUUCACGACAAGUCUCUCAGGAUUAAUCCAUCAUCUCCACGAGUGUAACCAAGAGAACUCUUGGUGAAACCUUGAAGCCGUCGCCAUACCCGAAGAGCAAUUACGAGUCGAUUUUUCUACAACCUAGUCUCAGGUGUUCAAUCUGUUUCCUAGACAAAAGCAAGAACCUAUUUUCGACGCGGUGAAUGUGUGUUUUUUUUCUUACACAAUUCGGUUCGGAGUUCGUGUGUUUUUUACUCUGUUCAAUUUUAAAUGAGGUAUCUCAGACAUAAAAAAAGCCAUCUCGUUUUCGUGCCUGCGAUACUACGGAUGGCUCAACACCAUUAACUAAACUCCACACAGAUCGAUUGUUGUCUAGCUUGACUGAGUCGGGUUGGAACUGAACUUUUUUAUUUCCAAACUUUUCAUGGUUAUCUGGAGUUUCAAGUUCCAAAAAGUACUUUAGUUCAAUUUCGCCGAAGAGAUGAUGGUUUGUUAGCCGUGCAUGAAAGAUAACCCAAUGACACAAAAAAGGAGACGCAUAAGUUGUGCUUUGUUUCAGGUAAACUGAUCAAACAGGUCUCCUUCGUUUAAGACGGAGAAUACAUUAUCUCUCCAAAGUUCCCAUUAUCUUUGUCUGAAACAAUGCCUUUGAUAUCGAAUAGAGAACUCCCAUUUUAUGAGUAUACUCGUGUUUGGUAACAUUCUGCCUCAAUUCACUCAGCAAUAACUGACAAAGAUUGUUUGGUCUGAGAUAGUGUGCUAUUGUAUGCAUAAUAUAUAUCAAUAAUUUUGGCAACUUUAGUCCUUUAGUUUGCUUACACGCAGGGCUGGCUCACUUGCCUCUAUAUAUCUUCACCGCCGAGACAUUUCAAAGAGGCUUCCCAAGUUAAAACCAACUGGCUUUGGAGGAAACUCCGUAGAAUAAAGUGCCCAGGAACGAAUGAUUCUAUUAUGCACUUUUAAUCUCUGAUGUAUUGUAGUCCUUGGUUCCCUAUUGACCAUAACUUAAACCGUCACUCAAGGGAUGGUACAGUCUUUCCUGGCGGGACAUGAAACUGCAACACGAGACUACGAGGCCCUCGUAAUACACCUUCACGAGGACCUUGAAUGUGACAGUAGUUUGACUAGAGCGAAGCCAGUCUUGCAUUACGUAGCAAAACAAAAGAAAAUGUAAGCAAAUUAAAGGAAUGUCGAGCUACGAACAAAAAAUCGAUCGCGGGAUUCUUACGGUGACACCACACUAUUCCGCCAGCUUGAUUGCGUCGAUAAUGCCGUCUUUUUUCUGCUGCGACACGCCGGGUUCACCUGGAAAUAACCUCAUCGUAGAUCGUUGAGCGGUACCCGAGACUGAGCUAAUGGCCUUGAAAAUUUUCAAACGACAAUUGAAUUGCAGUGUCAGUGAUUGCUCCAAAUGGAAUCGGCCGAAUUUUUCCUCAAGUACUAUUUGCUGUGAACGGCAAUACGAAACUCAAUUAUGAUUAUUGAAUUUCUAUUUGAAUAAGAUAGAUUGAUGUGGGGUUUCGCACGUACUUGGCUUGGGGUGCUUCAACACUCUCAGGGGUGAUGUUUCGUCACGUCUGGCACAUUUGAUGGCGAGGGUCCGAAUCUUGCAGAUUCGAGGCAUCCGUCGAUGUUUCACAUCAUCUAACAAUCAUCUUGUUGUUUGUGUGUCACACAUAUCGGCGUUCUCUAGCUGAGAGCAUUACAUUGUAAGGAAAGGAAAUGACUCUUGACGUUCAGAUAACCCUCAAACAAAAUAAACCGAUGGUUUACCGAUAUACCUUUACUAUAAUAGAAUAUUUUGCUUGUUUUGCUGUAUAUAGCUCAUUUCCUUUGAAAUCGAUGAUUGUUACUUCUAAUUGUUGCCUUCAUGUGUUAUUCAUUGACUUGCCUCAAUUAGAUAAUAAGCAGUGCUUAUAGAUGUGUGGAAGGUGUCAUCGUGUUGACGGGCUCUGACAUCCUGUUGAAAGCAAACCUAUGCUGUGUACUUAAACCUUGAAGUAGGAGUUGCUCAGAUUUUGCUCAUUCACUCCAUAUCGCCAUCAUCAGUCACUGAAGUUUUGUGGUCACUCUAAACCAGCAUCUUUCAUCAUACAUCGAUCACUGAAAUAUUUCCAUCAUCUUUAUCACCAUUCAUAGCAACGACCCAAAAGCAUUACCAGCAUCACCGCAAACAUAUUUACCAUUCAGUUAUUUCAUCACCAUAUUUUCUUAGCCGUAUUUCAUCCCAAAAUAUUUUGUUAAUCAUUCUUUUUCCACUUAUCACACUCAUUCCAUCACUCUCGCCUUUAUUAGAUAUCCAUUGUUAGUUUUAUCACGGUUAUCUCAUCUACAAGGGUUUAUCUCCUUUUGGUACUGUUGUAAAAUGACUGCCAAUCGGUCUUUUAGAAAGAUAGAAUGCUGCUUUCAACAAGUAAUCCAAGAACACUUGUCAUCCAGAGAACUCAGUUUCGAAAUGGAAAACAUUUACGUACCGGUACCAGUAAUGCAAAUAUGGCUGGUUAAGCCUCAAUGUUCCAGGGAAGUAAAAGUGAUGGGGAGGGGGUCGAUAUCAUCAUCCUCAGAAUGCCAUUCGUGCCGUUUCAAUCUUCAGGUCUUUUGUAUGACAGUCGUGGGAGUGAUGUUAAUUUAAAUUGAUACACGAUAUCCAAUGCCGAUCAUUUUUCUUUGAAGGAAUAUUUCGUUCUUGUAUAUAAUUGACAUGUGCCCCGCUAGUAUUAGAUAUGUAUACAAAUACGGCCAUAGCACAGUAACUAAACACGCCAGUGAGAUACAAAUAGGCAUGUCAAUGUUUCUGUAUCGGUCUUCAAGUAUUCAUUAAAUUAAAUUAAAUUAAAAUAAAAUUUCACAAUGGCAUUUAG